AUGUUAUCCCUGGCUGGGACUCCAGCCACUGUAGUAGCAGCCAUCAAGUCCUAUGCUGCGUAUUUCAAGGUUAUGAAACAGCAUCAAGAACCAUGCCGAAAGCCUAUCUAUAGUGUAAAUGCUGGCAAACCCAGGGGGAUUAGCCCGCAGCUGAGCGAGCCUUCUCCGAAGGCUUGCCUUAGAUGCGGCAUAAACAAGGAAAAUAAUCUCCGAUCCUAUUCCUAA